AUGGCGAGUUGUAAUAAAAUAUUUCUUCAUGAGGAUGUGAUGAUUGAGAUUCUCUCAAGGCUGCCGGUGAAAUCAGUGAUUAGGGCCGGAGCCGUAUGCAAAAAUUGGUACUCUAUCAUCAAAGACCCUAGUUUUGUUACUAGGCACUUGAACAACCAUCACACCAACAGUAACAGUGGCCGUCUUUUCAUUCGUGGUCGUAACGAUGUGAAUCACAUUUAUUUCUCAUUGUUCCCUGAUGAAACACUCGCCUGUACGAUUCAGGAUGUGGUGGUGGUGUUGGAUAUUCCCACCUAUAUAGAGGUUGUUGCCAGUCCCUACAAUGGCAUAUUGUGCCUGUGUGGUUUGGAUUUGGAACACUACGAAGGAGGAUGCUCCAUAUCGGUUUGGUCCUUCCAGGUUGCUGUGUAUACCUUAUCUACUGAUUCCUGGAGAUAUCUUGAUCAUGUUGCUCUGCCUUAUCAUGGCAUUCACACCCCUCUGUCUAACACAUGCAUUAAUGGGGUAUAUCACUGGCUUGCAACUCAGAGUUGUGAAGAUUGUUAUUUCAUCCUUUCAUUUGACAUGGGCAAUGAAUUGUUUCAUGAUAUACCAGUACAUAUUCCAACUUCAAAACAUUGCUACUCCCCACCUCCUCUUCUAUCCUACAAUAACUCCCUUGCUCUGAUAUGUUAUGAUCUUUCUAAUCCAACUUUUGACAUAUGGGUGAUGAUGGAAGAUGAUGGGUGUUGGACCAAACAUUUUACCGUUGAAAUGAAUACAGAAUUCUGGUUCUUCCUUGGGUUUUGGAAGAACAAUCAGCUUAUUAUCCAAACUGAUGUAGACGGUCAUGUGGCCUUAUAUGAUCCACAGACGCGUGAAAUUAAGGAUUUUGGAUCCAAGAAUUGGUAUGCGUCCUUCGUCUAUAGGGACAGUCUGGUCGCAAUCAGGGGCAAAGAUGGGUUUCUAAAACAAGAUUACAUGUCUGAUGCAGAUCAAAUUUGUAACUUUUCUAAAACAGUUGAAGUUGAAAGGUCAGACUUUCCUGAUGAUGAGGAUUUUGAUAUUUUUCGUUUAUUUCUCAUCUAG